AGACAUUUGCGUGUUUUAGUGGCAUAAAACCAUGGCGACGAGCUCAGUUGCUCGUUGUGGGCUCGCAUAUUGUGCGUUGUUGGCGCUGUACGCUGUGGCGCUCACAAGCGGCCAGCAGCAAGACUGGACCUUCCAGCACGGCGUGGCCAGCGGUGACCCGCUUCCAGACCGCGUGGUGCUGUGGACGAGGGUGUCAUGGACGGGUGCCGCAGCGGCUCCCCCGAGCGACAAUGUUGAGUUGACGGUCGAAGUUGCCAAGAGCCAGGACAUGUCGGCCGAGCCCAAGAGCUACAAGGUAACGUGCACGGCCGCGGCCGACUGGACCUGCAAGCUGGACGCCGACGGUCUGUCCCCGGCCGUCAAGUACUUCUACCGCUUCACCGCACCCGGCGGCGUCAGGUCGCCUGUGGGCCGCUUCCACCUACCCUACCCUCGCGGCCUGAACGUCCCCCCAUCCCAGCGCCGCUCCAGCGCCUUCCCUGCGCCUUCCUCGCGCCGGCCCAGUGCCCGCACCUUCCAACGCUUCGCCCACCACACCCACUGCAUCACCACACAGCCCCUCCCCCACUCCCGCUCCUCCCCCUUACCACCCUCCUCCUUCUCCUCCUCCUCCACCCAACCCACAGGCGACGCCCGCCAGGGCCGUGUCAGGCUCGCCGUGUUCUCCUGCUCCAACUGGGGCUGGGGCUACUUCCACGCGUACGGCGUUGCGGCCACCUACGAGCUGGACGCCUGGGUGCACCUGGGAGACUUCAUCUACGGUGAGUUGGAGACCGGGCGUGUUCCGCGGUCGGACCCCAACAACCCCGCCUCCAACCAGGCGGUGCGCUUCGGCCUCAAGCCCGCAAACGAGAUCCUCACCAUCACCGACUACCGCCAGCGCUACGCGCUCUACCGCACCGACAGCUCGCUGCAGGCUCUGUCGGCCGCCGCGCCCACCAUCGCCAUCUGGGACGACCACGAGACCGCCAACAACGCCUGGAAGGACGGCUUCCCGGACGCGCCCUCCUCCCAGAACAACAUCACCGCCAGCCGCCGCGCCGCUGGUGUGCAGGCCUGGCAUGAGUGGCUGCCCGUGCGCCCCAGCGGCGGCGUGGGCAGCGCCUCCAGUUACACCGAGCUGGCCAUCAACCGCACCCUGAACUUCGGAUCCACGCUUUCGCUCUUCCUAACCGAGGACCGCCUGCAGGCUCGCUCCUCGCCGCCCUACAUCAACGGCGCUCUGUACAGCUCGGCUGGCUCGCUGGGCGCUGCGGUUGGCGGCGUGGCUCCCAGCAAGUGGGGACCCGCGGAGGAGGCCAAGAUCCUGGCUGUCAAGGCUCAGGCGGACGCCUUCGCCAACGACCCCAACCGCACCAUCCUGGGCAAGCCCCAGGUGUCGUGGCUGAAGCAGCAGAACGACGACUCCGCCGCCGCCGGCGUCACGUGGCAGCUGUUCGCAGUCACCACCAUCAUGCAGGACAUCCUGCCCAACCCCCCCGCCGCCAUCGCCGCCGCCAACGCCAGCGGUGACGCCGCCAACGCCGCCUUCUGGGGCGGCGUGUGGGCCAACUGCUCCAGCAGUGACGUGGCGGUGGUUAACGGCACACCCACCAACGCCGCCGGCAUCCACCUCUACUCCACCGCCUGCUACCGCCGCCCCUACAUCGGUGCCGAGCUCAAGUACAACCUUUCGGACCGCACUCCCGGCUCCCCCACCGGCGCCGGCGCCUUUGCUGGCCUCGUGGGCGGCUGUCGCGCCAUCGAGGCGUCCAGCCGUUACAACGUCAUCCUGGAUUUUGACGCCUGGCAGGGUUUCCGUGCUGAGCGCGACGAGCUGCUUGACAUCGCAGCCGAUUCCAACAACGCCGUGUUCAUUGCAGGAGACUCGCACGUCUUCUGGGCCAGCGUGCUGAAGAAGGCCAACGGCGAGGUGGUGGCGGCGGAGUUCGAUGUCAGCUCCGUUUCCAGCGUCGGCUUUGAGGAGCUCUUCCCCUUCAUGCCCGUGGAUAUGCUGGCGGCGUCCCUGGUGGCCGGUGGCGGCUUCCGCGGCGGACUGCGUUACGCAAACACCGACCGCAAGGGUUUCAUCUACCUGGCCAUUGACGGCGAGAAGCAGCACGCCGACUACAUUGGGAUCGACGACCACUGCACGCCCGCGGGCAUCAACUCUUCUUUCUGUAUGGCCGGAUUCGAUCGCUACACCUCCAUCGAGCGCGCCAAGCGCGGCCUGCCUAACGACCUCCAGCGCACCAGCUGCCUGACUGAGGCGGAGCGCGUCAGCGGCAUCGUGGCGGCGCCGCCGGUGCCGGCGUACCGCCGCAUGGGCUGCUCCUCUUACAAUGGAGCCAAGCCCACCGUCUUCGCCUUCGCCAGCGGCAGCACCCAGCUUGUGGCCCACGCGGCGCGCGGUCAGAGCUACAGCGUCGAGCAGUGCGCUACUGCCGCACACGCGGCCGGCAUGAAGCUGUUCGCGCUCAACCCCAGCCGCACACGCUGCAUGGGAAGCAAGAAGAGCAGCAUGCGCAAGCAGGGCAAGCGGAGCGAUGCCGGCUGCUCGGGCGCGGGUCGCGUGCCGGUGUAUGCGCUUUGAGUGUGCUUGGGAUGUUAACGCUGGAUGAAUUGGUUGCCGGUCCAGGGACCUGGAGGUUGGUGCGUUUCCUCGAGGAUCCUGCCGGCAGGAUGCCGGCCCGACGCGUGCCAUGUCGCGUGGACGCCGUUAGUGUGUUUGCAGACAUGAAUUAUGGGGUUAGCGAAUAAACAUGUCGAUGGCAUGGUCGCAUAUUGCUCGCUGCGCCAUUGUCAGCUGGGGCCUCGGGUGCCCGGGGCACCUCCGCGAACUGCUCUGCGUGGGAAGGUGGUCCCGUUUGCCGUACACGGGGGUGUUUGUGCGCCUCGUUUCAAGCGGGGUCCCCUUCAUCCAACAACUGUAAUGUGUCUUUGUG